AUGGGCUCCAUGUCAAGUCUGGCCAAGACCCUUCUUAUACCCGCCGUAAUCUCCCUGGCGCUUUACCUCCUCCUCUCAUUCCUCAUUGUCCCGUUCUUCCGUCGCUAUCAUCAACGCUACUCACAAUAUCUUCCGAUGCAAGCCAUUUCUGCGCAUACUUUGUCCCUGCGAGAUCGUGUAGCCGAUGCCGUCAUGCGCUUCUUCUUGCCAUCGACGUGGCGGCGGCAGACCGACGGACAACAUGAUAACAUUAGCAUAUUCGACGAGGAGGGGGAAAUUAUGGUCGGAAUGGACAUGGAUCCCUCUCGGAGGGAAGCGCUUGAAAGACGGCGCGAUACGGCUGACGCCAGUAGCCGACUCAGCCGGGACCUCGAGCAGGGGUUCAUGGACGAUAGCGAUGAUGAAGGGGAUGAUCAGGGUCAUUCAAGAGCCCGCCGAUGAUUUGUGAUCGACUAUUGUUUGUCUUGCAGUUACAGCUGGCGUUUGGGUAUAUGCAUAUUAGACAAGCGGCACAAGUCCAGCACAUCUUCAGAUAUUUUCGCAUGUAUCUGAUGGAUCUCAUGAGAAUUUUCAUUGAACCUUAAUCGGAGCUCGUUAGAAUGUUCCAUGGACAUAGAUACCCCGAGUGAGUCGUAUCGAGGUAUCCGACAUAUACAUGCUCAGAAUACCCGUGGCAAUCUCGUCUCAAAGGCUGGAUAAGGUACAUACCAAAUGAUGCC